AUGUCCCUACCGGAUGGCCGACUGCGAACGAACGGGCUUGGGCUGCACGAUGCGGGGCAUGGGAUAUGGGCAGCCUGCCAGACUCGCCAAUGGGCGCCCGGCCCCGACGGGCGUCUGCGAAAAUAUCAACCUGUGGCUGACUCCUCCGCACCCGCACCCACGCACACGGCCAUGGCCCAUCCCACCACGACAUGGCUGCCCAGCUGCCCAGCUGCCGCCGGCCCUGUUGCCGCAAAGAGCUGCCAGUCCGCGCUUAGAGCGCUUCGCAUGCGAGAACAGGACGACCGUGUCGGAACAUGGUGCCGGCAAUCUGGCUGGCUGUGUGGGCGGGCUCCACCGUGUGCUUGCAUAGCACACCCGUUGCAGUCUUGGACGCGUACCUGUGUACUGGGCACAUGGACAACAUGCGCUCCCGCCUGCUACCCCGGCUUUUGGAGCUCGCCUACCUGCCCUGCCGUUGCGCUACCACCACUAACAAGUCUUGUCGAAUCCAGCAACACACGUUUGGGGCACGGGAAUCCGUGCUUCACCAUGCAUGCUUCCUUUUACCCCUGUCCCGCCUCUCCACCUCUCCAAAGUCCAUCUUCCCUUUGCUGCGUUGUAUUUACCACCGUCGUGACUUCCCUCUCCGCCAUGCCCGCCAUUGAUCGCUCCUUCCACACCAUCGUCAUUGCCGUCGUCGUCUCGGCCAAAUGUUUGCUUCUGGGUCGCCGCUGCCCCUCUCCAACGUCAGGCCCCACGCGCUUGCCACCAACCGUUUGUCUCAACCGUCGCCCAUGA